UAAUUACCGCGGGAUAGUCAAUUGUCACAAUCACAAUUCACAAAUCACUGCGGCUUGAAAGCGAUCCAGACGCGCGCGUGUGUGUGUGUGUGUGUCCACCGUGAAAGUUGCGCAGAGCUCGGAGAAGCGAUUUCGCCGGCGAUUUCUACCGGAGAUCUUCAAAAUUCUGCUCGUUCCUCUUCUCUCGUGCGUGCAGAGUGUGAUUUGUUUUAGAUGAGAUGAAGAAAGAGGAGAAGAAUGGUUCAACGGGGAGGACUAUUUGCACUAGGUCUGUAGCUGUAGCUUCUUCUGCCUCAGCAGAGAAAGAGAAAGAUAAUUCUGGUUUGAGUUUGAGGAGGUCAGCCCGGGGAGCAUCGUCUACUUCUAGUACCAGCAAGUCAGAGAAGCGGAAUCCCUCACCUGUUUCAGUUUCUAAAAAGUCUGGCAAAAUGGAGAAGAAACACAAAGCAAGUCCUUUGAGAAGGUCUAAUAAGGGAAAGAAGCCUGGCAGGAGUGCUGACACUUCUUCAUCAACGGAAAUUAAGGAGAGCGAGGACAACGUAGAGGAUUUGACUGGGGUGGUGGUGAAGAAAUAUGAGCCUAAAAUGACUGGCCGGAGUUUCAGGGCGUUGUAUAGAGGGCAUCUCAGGAAUGAAGCUAAGGCUUCUUCGAAUGAUGAAGAGUUAGUAGUGGUUGGUUGUUCUCGCCGAGUUCCUGCAGGAAAUGAGGAUGCUAGAGAGGAUAGCAGUUCCCCACGUGUGAUUUUAGAAUCUAAAGGGGUCCAAGUUGGCGGAACUUGUACACACAAGAGCCCUGAUUUUGCUGUGAAACUAGUUAGGGAUACAGAGAAUAUGGUGCUUGAUUCAUCCCCAGUGGUUGGGGAUGACAGUGUUGUAGGUUCACCAUCUGAGAAUCCAGAAACGCAGAAGCUUCGUGUCAGUGCAACUAGAUUAGAAACCGACACAGAUUUGCCUCUGAAAAGAAAAAGGGACACUGUAGGAGUGGUGAUGGAUGCAUGUGCAAAUACAGAUGACCGCACUAUGAGUACUGAUGGGGUUAUUCCAUCUCCAUCCGGAAGCACAAACAACAAUCAGUCUGAAAGUCGGGACACAUGUCAAAAAGCGAAAAACAUUGCUCAGCCAGUUCAAGAACCUGAUCAGUUGGCACAGGUAUCUGGACCCGCUUCAAGCAGAGACUAUGGGGAGGACAGGCAGAAUAUGCAACAAGAUAAAUCACAUGACCGAAAGUUGUCAUCGAUGUAUCCAGAGUAUUGGGUUCCAGUGCAGCUAUCAGAUGUACAGAUAGAGCAAUACUGUCGGACUCUCUUCUCCAAAUCUUCAUCUCUUUCUUCGCUGUCGAGGACUGAUCCUGUUGGAGCUCUUGAACAAACUCUCAGUUCUGUAAGAAAAAUUUGUGACCACCCAUAUAUUAUGGAUGCGUCUUUCAAACAACUGCUCACCAAGAAUCUGGAGGUUCAUAAAAUCGAGGAUGUCGAAAUCAAAGCUAGCGGAAAGCUUCACCUGCUUGAUGCAAUGCUUACUCAAAUAAAAUCAAAGGGUUUAAAAGCAGUUAUCUUCUACCAGGCAACACAAAGCGGUGAGGGGCUUAUGCUUGCUAAUAUUCUCGACGAUUUCGUGAGCCAAAGAUUUGGUCAGAAGUCGUAUGAGCAUGGGGACUCUCACUCAAAGAAGAACGCUAUUAACAAUUUCAACAAGGAGAGUGAAUGUUUUAUCCUGCUUCUGGAAACACGUGCCUGCAGUCAAAGCAUUAAACUCCUGCGUGCUGAGGCUUUGAUUCUUUUUGGAAGUAGCUGGAAUUCAUCACAUGAUGUUAAGCUCUUGGAGAAGAUCAAGAUUGAGUCAUAUUCUGAAAAAACUAAAUUAUUCCGGUUGUACUCAACAUGUACAGUUGAAGAAAAAGCCCUGAUUCUGGCUAGGCAAAAGAAGUCUCUGGAUAACCUAAACCGUCCUCUGACACAUGCGCUGCUCAUGUGGGGGGCUUCAUGUUUAUUUGAUAAGCUGGAUCACUUACACGGCAGUCAAACCCCAGAUUCAGGAGUUCCAUUAGAACAGUCUAUUAGGGGCGACGUGAUUCGUGAAUUCUCGUCCAUACUCUCUUCCAGUGUUGGAGAAGGAAAUGUAGGCAAGCUGUGCCUACUUUUAGAAGCCAAGCAUGCCCAGGGAACUUACAGCACUGAGUCUAAUCUGUUUGGUGAAAAAUAUGUCGAGCUGUCAGAUGAAGUUAGUCCAAAUAUAUUUUGGACAAAGCUGUUGGGUGGAAAAAACCCUGUGUGGACAUACUAUUCAGAUACUUCUCAAAGGAGUCGAAAAAGAGUACGACAUCUUCAGGGCUCUGAAGAGACUGCCAAACUUGACGAUGGCAAAAGUACAAAGAAGAAAAAGAAGGCUUCAGAUGAUGUCACAGUUGUUUACGAUGUAAGAAAAGCCUCUGGGAACGAUCACAUGGGGGAUUAUGAGUCACCAAAAGUCACAACGCUCCUGUCAUCUAAUGCUUCUGGUACUAACGAUGCAUUAGAUGGAAAAGAUGCUAUUGGCUUGUAUUCUGUGGGCGGUCAUAUAUCUGGAAUCCCAGAGGAUAUGUUAGCUGCCAUUGAUUGUAGACAAACUCCCGCCGAAUCACAGAAGACUCUCCAUGCUGUUUUAAAGCCGCAGAUGUCAAAACUUUGCCAGAUUUUGCAUCUUUCAGAAAAUUUGGCACGCAUGGUUGAAAAAGUUCUUGAAUAUAUUAUUGACAACCACCGUGUCUGCAAAGAGCCAGCUACAACAUUGCAGGCCUUCCAGAUAGCUGUGAUUUGGAUUGCAGUCUCUUUCGUUAAGCAGAAGUUCAACCGUGAAGAAUCUCUGGCCCGCGCAAAAUCGGAAUUAGGUUUCAGUUGCUCUAGAGAAGAGGUGGAUUAUAUAUAUUCUUUUCUGUACUGCAUGAAGAGUCUAUUCGUGGGGCGGCGCACACAAGGUUUCCAAGAAAAGGGUGAAGAAUGCAUGGCUGAGAUGAGAGGUAGCCAUUAUAGCUCAGUAACCAAGGAUGUUGAAAAGACUAUUAGCGACAUCAAAAAGAAAUGCAGUAAGAGCCUGCAUAAGCUUGUACAAACCCUCGAGGAAGAAAAGAUGGACCUGAUGAAUAGGAAUGCUGUCAAGAAGCAGGAACUUCAGAAUUGUAAAAAGGUGGAAGCAUCAUUUAUUCGUGUCACCUAUUCAGGUAUAAACACUCAGAGCUUACAUGAUGCUCUCCAACGGCUGGAAUGUACUUUUGAAAGAAAGUUUGAUGAUCUCAAAGGAGAGUUGGAUAAAUGCCUUGAAAGUUUAGAGCAAAUAAACGAGGCUGGAAAGAAGAAGUUGGCUGAGGAUGAAGCCUGUUGGAUUAGUCGGAUAGAGAAAUGGGCACGAGCUGAAUUAAGAAAUGGUGCUCCCAAUCAAGCAUGGUCCAAUGCGGACAACAGUUUGGACCAGCAGAAUGAAGAAGCUUGUUCUCUUGACAAGGAGAUUCCUGACGAGUUAGCUUUGCCUCUGCCACACCCUGCGUCUUUGGUAAAGACUAGUGGCUCUGCUGAAUCUGAUCAGGUGGAUCACGAGAAACCUGAUUCAGCAGAAAACAUUCAGGGGAAAAAGACUGAAACAGCAGUUGAGCCUCAGCCAGCUAGAUCUCCUAUGCCUUCUUCACCGGGCGAAAAGCAACAUGACCUAGCAGCAAACGUUCAGGGCCAAAACAUUGAAUCAGCAAUUGAGGUUCAGCCAGUUGAAUCUUCCAUGCCUUCUUCACCAGCUGGACAGCACUCUGACCCAGCAGUAGACAUUCAGGGAAAAACUAUAGAAGCGAUAAUGGAGCUUCAGCCAGCUGAAUCUCCUGUGCCUUCUUCACUGGCUGGACAGCAAUCUGACCCAGCAGUAAACAUUCAGGGAAAAGAUAUUGAAGCGAUAAUGGAGCUUCAGCCAGCUGAAUCUCCUGUGCCUUCUUCACCGGCUGGACAGCAAACUGACCCAGCAGUAAACAUUGAAACCGUAAUUGAGCCUCAGCCAGCUGAAUCUUCCAUGCCUUCUUCACCAGCUGGACAGAUUCAGGGAAAAGAUAUUGAAGCGAUAAUGGAGCUUCAGCCAGCUGAAUCUCCUGUGCCUUCUUCACCGGCUGGACAGCAAACUGACCCAGCAGUAAACAUUGAAACCGUAAUUGAGCCUCAGCCAGCUGAAUCUUCCAUGCCUUCUUCACCAGCUGGACAGAUUCAGGGAAAAGAUAUUGAAGCGAUAAUGGAGCUUCAGCCAGCUGAAUCUACUGUGCCUUCUUCACCGGCUGGACAGCAAACUGACCCAGCAGUAAACAUUGAAACCGUAAUUGAGCCUCAGCCAGCUGAAUCUUCUAUGCCUUCUUCACCGGGAGGAAAGCAACCUGACCCAGCAGAAAAUAUUCAGGGCAAAAAUAUUGAAGAAACAGUUGAGUCUCAGCCAGCAGGAUCAGAAACAUUAGAGACUGGUGGUUUUGCUGCAUCAGAGCAGGUUGAUCAAGUUGCAUGUCCUUCGCCAUCUUCGGCUGCUGGAAAUCAACCUGAUUCAGGCGCAAAUAUUGAGAGCCAAAGUAUCAGCACAUCGGUUGAGCCCCACAUCGCUGUUCCAGGCGCAGUACUAAAUCAGGAUGCAUGCUCUCUGCCAUCUCCAUCGGCUAGAACUCAGGCUGAUAUAGCAGCAAACAGUGAGGGCCAAAAUACUACAACAGUGUCAAAUGCAGUAGAAACUGAUAACGUUGCACCCCUUGUCCAUGAACGUGUUGUGGAGUCGUCAGCAGGUGUAACAGCUCCUGUUCCAUCACCUCUUAACAAUGCUACGGCUACUACGGGACAGAGUCCCAUUCAACCUGUUCCCCAAAUACCUUUCCCUGUGUUCAGUGACCCGUUUCAGCAUGAACUGGAGAAGCUGCGAAGACAAUCAGAGAUCACAAAGAAGACCUGUGAAGAAAUGAAAGCAGUCUCGAAAGCUAAAUUCGAGAAGAAGAUAGCUGAAUUACAAGAAGAGUAUCAGAGAAAGUUUCAUGAGGUACAAGCUGUACAUGCAGCCAGAAAGACGAAGUUACAGGCGAGGAAGAAUCUUGUUAUAAAGAACAAGCUGUUGUCAAGUGCGUUCUUGUCUAAAUGUACGAGCAGAAUCUCCUCUCAUUCCUCAGCAGCAACUCCAAUGGUUAGAAUCCAGCAGCUAGCACAGAGAGCAACACAAGUAAGCGCACUGAGGAAUCAUACUGCUUCGGCUCCGUACUGCACAAUGCCUCAACCAAGACAACCUCUCAUCUCCAACCCUUUACCAUAUUCAAAUGCGUUUACUCAGCAGCAAGAACAACCACAGAACUUGGGGAGUGGAUUGCAGAGGAGCAAUGAUGUGGUCUGUCUCUCUGAUGACGAGUGAUCUAAUCUUCUUAUGUUUAGCGUUUAAUAGUUUGGUUUAGAGUUGUAUAAAAAAGUUAAGUUACCUAUAAGUACUAAACUAGUCGGUUAAUUAAUGAUUGGGGCCAUCAUCAAAACAACUUCUUACCCUGUCUCUGGAAAUGAAGCUUAUUUAGUGGGUGUGAGGGUAGAUAGAGAUACAGUAUCCCUCCUUUUAGUUUUAAAGCUCUAAUCAAAUAUGUCUAUUCUAGCUUUUAUAAAUAUAUUUUCUUAUCUCA